AUGGCCGUUAUCGGCUGCGCAAGCUAUGGAUUCGUUUACAUUCAGUACACACUCGAGGAGGAGAAGCUAUUCAUGGAGCAGUAUUGCACUGAAGAAGAAAUUUCAGCUCAUAUUCAUUGCACCGCUGCAAAAGAAAUUUUCGGAUUGAUUUGGACUCUCACUCUCUCUUGCUCGAUCAUUGGUGAUUUGCUCAUCAAACUUUUCCAGGACUACUUCGGCUUCUUUGCAGGAAGAUUUGUUUGUGGCUCACUUCUUACCGUUGGCUUUGCUACGAUGGGAAUGUACAAAACGAAUCCGUACCUCCUCUUUGUCGGGCAAAUACUAAUCAGUCUCCCUGCGUAUCGAAAUCUUUCUCAAAACAUUUCCCUUGGUCAAAUCUAUAUGGGCGAGAACAGUAGCAUUGCGACAAUUCUAUUUCCUGGAAUAUGGAUGUUUUCUUUGAUAACUUUUCUUGUCGGGAAAAAGUUUACAGACAUGGAAGUUAUGAGUCUUUCUUCGUUUUUGUUCCUGUUGGCCGCGUUUUCUCUCAUUGUUCAUGUUCGAUCGUUCUUCCUUCUGCCCAAGGAUCUCAUUCCCAGCCCAGUUCCGAUUAAUUAUAACCUAUUCCAAGCUUCGAUCGUCGGACAAUGUGUGAUUGGAAAGAAAUAUGCAGCUUCAACACAACCAGAAAUAAAAGACAAACAGAUCGAAGACAACAACGUCAGCGUCAGAGAAUUUUUCCGCAUGUUAGCUUCUUGGAGGUUCCUUUUUAUGCUAUUUUUCAACGCAAUAAUUUGGAGCCGUUGUGCUACCGCGAUGGGUCACGUUAACGCUUGGCUUGACUACGCAUACUAUGAAGACUCUCUUCUUUGCGAAAACGAUCCCGGCAAAGCGUGUGUCGUCGACGAUUACAAAAGUGAGAUUAUUGAUGUUUACGGCUACCUGAAUUGUCUUCACAUCGUUGUCCCCUUUAUGUUGGUGGCCUUGCUUGAAGGCUUCAAAAAAUGUUUUUCGAAAGACAAAGCAAUACUUCUUUCAUAUCUUACACAAAUGUUUAUUUCAAUUUUACACGUCUUUGCAAUAACGACGAUAAUGAUGAUGAAGAUUCCAGAAGGAGGGGGCAAAGGCCUGCCUCUUUUGCUUGUUACACUUCUUCAGACAGUUCAGCCAAUCUUCAUGACCUGCCCUCAAAUCUUUGUCUACACAUUCUAUCCACGACAUCUAGCGCCAAAAGUCUUCAUCGUCAUAAACUUAUUUUAUCUUCCUAUAACGUUCAUUUAUCCAGCGCUAUAUAACUUUCUCCUCCAAGGAAGCGUGCAAGACUACCGGUUUUCUGAAGUUUCAUACAUUUUCUUCGGACUUUGUAGCUUGUUGCUCAUUAUCUUUCCAUACUUUGCAUAUGAUGCAAAGAAAUACUGCGACGAGAAAGAGCGAGAAAACAUUUACAAACCCUUUUCUGAAUAA